AUGUCUGCCGGAAGCAGUUAGCCAGUUAGCCAGUUAGCUUCCUCCGUCAUGGCGGAACUGAACCGACAGCUGCAGGAAUACCUGUCCCAGUCUAAAGGAUCCGGAGCCCGGACCAUCUCCCAGUCCAGCUCCAGCACCACGGUGGACCUGGACGACCCGGAGCCGGUCCCGGGCAGCUGGUUCGGGCGGUGGUCGAGCCGCUGGUCCGGCGGGAGCCGCGGGACCGGCCAGUCCGGCCCGAGCUCCGGUGGAAACAGCGGCUUUUCCUGGCCGUGGUCGGCCGAGCCGGACCCCUGUCUGCCGGGCAUGAGCCGCCGCCAGCGGCUCGUGGCCUUCGGCGUGUGCGCGUGCUUCUCCGCGCUGUGCUUCGGGCUGUCCGCGCUGUACGCGCCGCUGCUGCUGCUCUACGCGCGCAAGUUCGCGCUGCUGUGGUCGCUCGGUUCGCUGUUCGCCAUCGCCGCCGCGGCGGUGCUGCGCGGGCCCAGCAGACUCGCCUCCGGGCUGCACACGUCCCCCGGGGCCGCGGUGUACCUGUGCGCCCUGGGGGGGACCCUGUACGCGGCGCUGAGCCUCCACAGCACCGUGCUGACGGCGCUGGGAGCCGCGCUGCAGGUCGCGGUGAUCGGCGGCUACGUGGUGUCGCUGCUGCCGGGGGGCAGCGCCGGGAUCCGCUUCAUGGGGGGCAUGGCGGCGUCCGCCAUCAAGCGGACGGUUACCGGGAAGACUAUGCCGAUCUGACCGGGGACGGAGCGGCACAGAGCGGGUACUUUGCACAGACACUGGGGGGGUUUCUGGACGUUUUCAGCGGUGAUCCAGGAUGAAGAUCUGCGGGACUCAGCGGACUGUUUUGGGGCUUUUUGAGUUUUAUAUUUAAUUGAGACUAUUAAUGAUAUUAUUGGCUGUUAACGGACUGCUGCUGCUCACGGGACCAAAUAAAGUUAAAGAUGCUUCAACUGUUGAAUUUCCUCUGAGGAACUUUUAAUGAAUCCUUUUAAUACCGAAAAUAAAGAACUAAAAUGGUUAAUAA